AUGCAAAUCUUCAUUCCAUUACUCACAAUUCAAGAAAUAGCCGAAUGUUUGGAUAAUCAGCGCCUUGGAAAACAAAGACUUGAAUGUCUACAGGUGAUCAACAUUAUUCGGGGUACUCAGUCUCCAAAUGCUAAAACAGGACGUAUUGCUUUUGAAAAUCAUCCAAUCAUCGAUAUGUGGCGACCAUAUGUGCCAUUUCUCAAGUUUUACUUUAAUACAAUGGUCAAAGAAUGGAUUAAUCGAGGUUUCCAAAACAGUCUAACACUUGAAGACGUCAAAGACGAAGAGAUCUUAACUCCUUCAUGGUGGGGUUUGGACGAACUUCACGCGUCACAUCGUGCCAAUCUUGUCAGAAAAUUACCUAGUCACUACAAAGAUCGAUUUGGUUUCAAAGAAGAUCCAGCUAAUGGUUAUUUAUGGAUUCUUGCUGAUGGCAGUAGAUUGUUGAUUGAAAACACUAAUGCUGAUUCUGUACUUCGUACAAAACGUACGUUAUUUCCUCCUAUACCAGAAACACUACCACCAAUUGUCAAAACAGAAACAACAACGACAAUGACACCGUCAACGACCACUCAAACACUUGAGAAUGUCGAACCGAAGAAGCUAAAGCUUGAUGGAGAGAAGCGUGAUGUUAAGUCUGUUUAUCGUGAAAAUGAGAAUUCAGAAAACAAAAUGGAAGAAGAAGAAAGGAACAAUACAGUUAUGCCACGUACAAAAUUUCGUAAGCGCAAUGUAAAAGUUUCUCACAAAUGACUAACGUCUUUGAAUAACUAGCCUGUUAUCCCGAUAAUGUAAUAUCUUUUGAUCUCAUAAAAAGGCACUAAAUCAUUAGUUUAUGCAUUGUGUGGUAUAUAUACUGUCGAACCCUGAUGUCUACGGUCAGAAAAGGUGGAGUGUGUGGGUGUG